UGAAAGGGGUGGAGUGCCACCAGAUUGGUUAGAAUUGAUGAGGGAUAUGCACACCAAUAAACAAACCGGUGAGGUUCAAGAUCCUGUUGCGAGAGAGCUGUUGGCAACUCUGAGUAAGCUGAAGGAGGACAAAGAAGCACAACUUCAGCAGUCUCAGUUGUCUGCGAAUGAUGGAUCUACGGCUUCUAACAUGCUGUCCCGCGAAGAGAUCAACCAACUGGUUCUCGAGAAUGUUCCUAUUAAGAAGGGUCGUCGGUAUGGUAUCGGUCGUACCUCCGAAGCUAUCUCAACCUCAUCAUCUCAGCACUCAGUUUCUUCCUCAAGUAUUCUUCAGUACAUCGAUCGGAUGAAGACGGAGCUUGAUGAAGAGCGGACAAAACGUCGAGCUAUUGAGGAAGAGCUUCGUCGCGUGACCGUUUUCAUUUCCAACCUUUGCCCCGAGCAGUUCUCUGCAACUCAAACCCAGCCGGACUCUGCAACCCAAAGCCCCGACGAUCGAUGUUUCUAA